AUGUCGACUCCAACCCUCCAUUAUUUCGGCUUGGGAAGCCUCGGGCGUGGGGAAAUUGUCCGGUUGUUUUUGAGAGAGCUCAACAUCGAAUACGAGAACAAGUUCUACGUCUACGACGACACAUGGCCAGCCAUCAACAAGUCGACGGGCGUUAGUUUGACUGGCACACUGCCUAUCCUGGAAAUUGAUGGGCAGAGGCUGUAUCAGCAUCUCGCCAUUCUGCGGUAUCUCUCCCGUCGUGCCGGUGCUUACGAUGGCGAGACAAACUACGACAAGUAUCUUGUCGACGCCGUAGCUGACAUCUACAAUGACUGGCGGACUGGCUGGGUUUCUCAAUUGACCGCCAAGGCCCCGGAUUACCAGGACACGCAUGUCAAGAAGUUCCAAGGUCUCUUCACCGAUUUUUAUUCUCGUAACGCCAGUGGCCCGUAUCUUUUGGGCGACAAGCCGACCUAUGUCGACUUUGCAGUCUUCCAGGCCCUCGACAACGAUGAGGUGAUUGGCCACGGCCCUGUAAGUUAG